GCGCCUGCGCAGUACAGAGCAGCGGAAACGGAUACGCGAAGCGACCGGAAGCGGCUCUUUCUUUCUCCCCGCGGCCUUCGGCUCGUGAGGCGGCCAUCAUGGUGUUCAAACGCUACGUUGAGAUUGGCAGAGUUGCCUAUAUUUCCUUUGGACCACAUGCGGGCAAGCUGGUAGCGAUUGUGGAUGUUAUUGAUCAGAACAGGGCACUAGUAGAUGGUCCCUGCAGCGGUGUCAGAAGGCAAGCUAUGCCCUUCAAGUGCAUGCAGCUGACUGACUUUGUUCUCAAGUUUCCUCACAGUGCUCGUCAAAAGUAUGUGAGAGCUGCUUGGGAGAAGGAAAACGUUAACGAGAAGUGGAAAACCACCAGAUGGGCACAAAAAAUUGAAGCUAGGAAGAAGAAAGCCAAGAUGUCAGAUUUUGAUCGUUACAAGGUCAUGAAGGCCAAGAAAAUGAGAAACAGAAUCAUCAAGCACGAAGUGAAGAAGCUGCAAAAGGCUGCCGCUGCUCCUCCCAAAAAAGCAUAAAUUGUCAGCAAAUAAAAGAUUUUCAUGUGCACCUA